UCAGAGAGAAUUUGGUCUUGUUUUUCUGUAACCAUUUUCUCUUAAGAGCAGCACGGCCUUGGAUUGAAAUGUCUGAGGUGGGCAGACCUGUUUCCAAAAACAUUUUUCAUGAAAUUCGACUGCUGACUGAUGGCUGGGUCCUCCUGGGUCUGAAAAGAUGUCUCCGAGCAUAAAAAACUUGGACUGCUUUUCUCCAAUGCUGUGCCACUGUAAAGUAGCCUGCAGCAACAGCAGCGUCUCCUUAGUGUUUGGAUGUAAGAAAUACCGCUCUCAGGACGACGACGACGACGACGAUACCCCUUCGCUGGAGCCCAGCAGCUCCCCACAGGCUCCCGGGGAGGCGGUGGCUCCAGAGCUCGUGCAUGUGUCUGAGAAGAACCUCUCCCAGAUUGAAAGCAUCCACGGAUUUGUCUCCCACUCUCGCAUUUCGCCAGCCAAGGCAAACCCUCCUCCAGUUGUGGUGAACACGGAAACUGCGGAGGCACCAACUUACGUCAAUGGCACAGACGCAGACUAUGAAUAUGAAGAAAUUACUCUGGAAAGGGGAAACUCAGGACUCGGCUUUAGCAUUGCGGGAGGCACAGACAAUCCGCACAUUGAGGAUGACUCGAGUAUCUUCAUCACCAAGAUCAUCCCAGGGGGGGCCGCUGCACAAGAUGGAAGAUUGCGAGUGAACGACUGUAUUUUGCGUGUGAAUGACGUGGAUGUCCGUGAGGUGACGCACAGCAAGGCUGUGGAAGCCUUGAAGGAGGCGGGCUCCAUGGUGCGACUGUACAUCAAAAGAAGGAAGCAAGUGACGGAAAAAAUCGUGGAACUGAAGCUCGUGAAAGGCCCCAAAGGUCUCGGGUUCAGCAUUGCUGGUGGCGUUGGGAACCAGCACAUUCCCGGGGACAACGGCAUCUACGUCACCAAAAUCAUCGAAGGCGGCGCAGCGCAUAAGGACGGCAAGCUCCAGAUUGGAGACAAGCUCAUGGCUGUGAACAGUGUCUGCUUAGAAGAAGUUACACAUGAAGAAGCCGUGACUGCCUUAAAAAAUACCUCCGAUUUUGUUUAUCUGAAAGUUGCAAAGCCCACAAGCAUGUUUAUGAAUGACAGCUAUACCUCUCCAGACAUCACUAACUCCUAUCCUCAGCCUGCCGGUAGCCACGUGAGCCCGUCCACCUUCUUGGGGCAGUCCCUGACGCCGGCAUCGCCGGGACGCUAUUCCCCCAUUCCCAAGGGGAUGCUUGGAGAUGAUGAAAUCACCAGGGAACCACGGAAGCUGGUGCUCCAUCGAGGAUCUACAGGGCUUGGCUUCAACAUAGUGGGAGGGGAAGACGGAGAAGGAAUUUUUGUCUCGUUCAUCCUCGCUGGUGGCCCCGCGGAUCUCAGUGGCGAGCUCAGGAAAGGAGACCGUAUAAUUUCGGUAAAUGGUGUAGAUCUCAAAGCUGCAACCCACGAAGAGGCUGCCGCUGCCUUGAAAAAUGCUGGCCAAGCCGUCACCAUAGUGGCUCAGUACCGUCCAGAAGAGUACAGCCGUUUUGAAGCCAAGAUUCAUGACCUGCGCGAGCAGAUGAUGAACAGCAGCAUCAGCUCAGGAUCCGGGUCUCUGCGGAUGAGCCAGAAGCGCUCGCUCUAUGUCAGAGCGCUCUUCGACUACGACAAGACCAAGGACAGUGGCCUCCCCAGCCAGGGGCUGGAUUUCCGCUUUGGCGAUAUCCUGCAUGUCGUCAACGCCUCCGACGACGAGUGGUGGCAGGCACGGCGGGUGAUGCCCGGCGGCGAAGGCGAGGUGGUGGGCGUCAUCCCCAGCAAGCGCAGAGUGGAAAAGAAAGAACGAGCCCGUUUAAAGACCGUGAAAUUUAAUUCUAAAGCAAGAGGUGAUAAAGGGCAGUCAUUCAAUGACAAGCGUAAAAAGAACCUCUUUUCCCGAAAAUUUCCCUUCUACAAGAACAAGGACCAGAGUGAGCAGGAGACCAGUGAUAUUGACCAGCACGUGACCUCCAACGCCAGCGACAGUGAGAGCAGCUGCCGUGGUCAAGAAGAAUAUGUCUUGUCUUACGAGCCUGUCACCCAGCAAGAAGUCAGUUACACGCGGCCUGUGAUCAUCCUGGGGCCUAUGAAGGACCGCAUCAAUGACGACCUGAUCUCUGAAUUUCCGGACAAGUUUGGAUCCUGCGUCCCACAUACAACCCGACCAAAACGAGACUACGAAGUGGAUGGGCGGGAUUACCACUUUGUUACAUCCAGAGAACAAAUGGAAAAAGAUAUUCAGGAUCACCGGUUCAUUGAAGCCGGCCAGUACAACAACCAUCUGUAUGGGACAAGUGUUCAGUCUGUGCGGGAGGUGGCUGAGAAGGGAAAGCACUGCAUCCUGGAUGUCUCCGGAAACGCAAUCAAGAGGCUCCAGGCGGCCCAGCUGCACCCAGUCUCCAUCUUCAUCAAACCCAAAUCGGUGGAAAACAUCAUGUGAGUGAAGGAGGGCUGCCUGCGGGGACGGAGCGGCCCGGGCAGGCUGCUCCCGGAGGGCCAGGGGCUGUGCUCGCGAGGGCCCCUCCUGGUUCCUCUCCGGGUUGUUGGGCCUGGAGACUGACUGUGUCAAUAAGCCAGUUUUGCACAACUGCUCAGUCCCAGCCUUGGCCGAGGCUUGGGCACAACCGUGGCUUGCUGUGGGUGAUUUAAUAAUUCACGUGUGCAUUUAUUUCAUUUUUAUUCUGCAGAAUAGCCAAGGCUGUCAGGGCAGUUACCUGUUUAGUUCAUUUCAAGCAUUUACAUUUUACGGGCUGUGAGGUGCUGGCACAACUGGGCGCACAGAGCGGCUUUAAAGGAAUGACUGCGUGCCGCCCGCUGUGCCGUGGCAUCUCUAGGUGGCUCACAGUCAGACAAGCAAAGCCAUUAUAAAACUAAAAGAGCAACGACUCCUGAUGCAUCUUUAAAAAUCCAAUAAAUAAACUACAUCAUUUAAAAUAUAAAUAAAAUACA